AAUCGGGGCGUUCCGGUCGCUUCUCCCCGCUGUCCGGCGAACGGCCGGGGAGCGUCGUGUGGUACCCGGAGGAGGAGGGAGGACGGGCUGUUGAGGGGCUGUCUGAGCGCCUUUUGGCUCUGUCCCCAGGCAGCGGCGGUCGCCGCGGGGUCCAUGAGGCCCGGGCUCUCGGCUCGCCCCGGCUCCGGCAGCGCCCUGGUGCGGCGGCGGUGAGAUGGGGGGCAACCUGGGCUGCCACCGCUCCAUCCCCCGGGACCCUGCCGACCUGUGCCACAGCCGCAAGUUCAGCGCGGCGUGCAACUUCAGCAACAUCCUUGUCAACCAGGAGAGGCUCAACAUCAACACGGCCACCGAGGAGGAGCUGAUGACUCUGCCCGGGGUCACCCGAGUGGUGGCCCAGAACAUCGUGGAGUACCGCGAGUACAUCGGUGGCUUCAAGAAGGUGGAGGACUUGGCGCUGGUGAGCGGGGUGGGGGCGGCCAAGCUGGAGCAGGUGAAGUUCGAGAUCUGCGUGAGCAGUAAGGGCAGCUCGGCGCAGCAUUCGCCCAGCUCCCUGCGGAAGGACCCGGCCUCCGAGCACCACCUGUCCGCCACCAAGAUCAACAUCAACACCGCCACGCCGGCGCAGCUCAUGAGCAUCCGCGGCGUCACCGAGAAGAUCGCCAACAGCAUCGUGGACUACCGCAAGGAGCACGGGCCCUUCAAAAGUAUCGAGGACCUGGUGAGGAUGAACUGCAUCAAUUCCUCUUUCCUAGACAAAAUCCGGCAUCAGAUUUUUGCAGAGAGGUCCCGACCCCCUUCAACGAACACCAACGGCGGCCUCAACUUCACAGCCAAGCCUCAUCCCAGCCCCACUUCUCUCAGCCUCCAGAGUGAGGACUUGGAUUUUCCCCCUGGGGGCCCAACCCAGAUCAUCUCCACUCGCCCCUCUGUGGAGAUGUUCGGGGGGCUGAGGGAUGGCAGACCGGUGCUGAGGGUGGCUACGUGGAACCUGCAGAGCUGCUCCAUUGAGAAAGCCAACAACCCAGGUGUGCGGGAGGUCAUCUGCAUGACGCUGCUGGAGAACAGUAUCAAGCUUUUGGCUGUGCAGGAGCUGCUUGAUAGAGAAGCACUGGAAAAGUUUUGUAUGGAGCUGAACCAGCCGACGCUGCCAAACAUCCGCAAGUGGAAGGGCCCUAGAGGAUGUUGGAAGGGUGUUGUUUCCGAAAAGCCCUCAGGCCAGCUACCUAAGGGAGUCGAAUAUUCUGGUUUUCUCUGGGAUACAACAGCUGGCAUUGAGCUCAAAGACGCUUCUUUUCAGGAGAAUGUACAGACUAAUGGCAAUGGGAGACACUCAUAUCCUCACCCAUAUAUUGCACAUUUCAAGGUUGGGAUGAAUGACCUAACGCUGGUUAACCUUCACCUGGCCUUGGCUCCUGCAGUGGGGGACAACGCAGGGAAGAACCACGACAGCCACAAACUAGCAACCUUUGCACAGACUUUGCAGGAGACUCUGAAAGGGGAAAAAGAUGUAAUCAUCCUGGGAGAUUUUAACCAGGCUCCCGACAGCAGCGACCAUGACAUUCUGAGGAAGGAGAAGUUCCAUCACUUGGUCCCUUCAAAUACGUUUACUAACAUCAGCACAAAGAACCCCCAGGGAUCGAAGUCGCUGGACAACAUGUGGAUCAGCCGGAGUUUGAAGAAGGUUUUCACAGGCCACUGGGCUGUUGUGCGAGAAGGUCUUACAAACCCGUGGAUCCCUGAUAACUGGUCCUGGGGUGGAGUAGCCUCAGACCACUGCCCUGUGCUAGCUGAAUUUUACAUGGAAAAGGACUGGAACAGGAAGGAGGUGACGCGGAAUGGAAACGGGGUGACCGUUGAGCGCGACUCGAACACUAAACAUGAACGAUGACGUGAACGGGAGGAGUCAGCCCAUAGCCCCUGUUCCAGGGGUCAGCCCAUAGCUCUGCUUGCUGGAGACUCAGCUGUGGAGCAGAAGAGCUGCUUUCCCCUCUCCUUCCUUCACCUGUCCUCCCCACGUCCAGAAAGCAUCAGCACUUGCCUCCGCUGGCUCUCGCUCUGCGCCCUUCAUGGACAGCUCUGGGUUGUCCCAGGGCAGUAGAGCAGCCCGUAACUUUUUAUAGGGAUGCGAUGGACCCAUCUCCAUGCCUGGAGAUUUGGAUGAGAACUGUACAGAAAAUAAAGUGUACUUUUAA